CGGGGGAGGGGGGCUACGUGGUGACAUCAUAGUUGAAGGGUAUAAAAGCUUCGAGCCAAAAGAGAAUUGAAAUUGAAGAGAAGACACUGACAAAACCUGACUGCGCAGCCUGUGCGCCUGGGGGCUCAGCCUCAGACCCAAAGACGUCUGCUUGAAGAUUUGAGCUGCCGCAAGACCCACCCACCGGCCCCAUGCUGGGCUCUCCCUGUCUUCUGUGGCUCCUGGCUGUCACCUUCUCCUUGGUUCCCAGAACGCAGUCCUUGGCCCCUCAAGACCUUAAGGAAGAGGACAAAGACGAGACACCCCGGCCACAGCCUCCUUUGCGGGCCGUCCCCUGUGACUAUGACCAUUGCCGUCACCUGCAGGUGCCGUGCAAGGAGCUGCAGAGGGCUGGACCCAGGGCCUGCCUGUGCCCGGGGCUCUCCAGCCCCACGCAGCCGCCCGACCCUCCGCGCCUGGGAGAGGUGCACGUGGUGGCCAAGGAUGGCAGCGCAGUGGUGCACUGGUGCGCCCCCUUCUCUCCGGUCCACCAAUACUGGCUGCUGCUAUGGGAGGGCAACGGGGCUCCCCAGAAGGGUCCCCCCCUCAACUCUACUGUCCGCAGAGCAGAACUGAAGGGCCUGAAGUCCGGGGGCGCUUACGUCGUUUGCGUCGUGGCUGCAAAUGGGGCUGGAGAAAGCAGCGUGCCGCAGGCAGGUGGGGAGGGCCUCGAGGAGGUGGGUGGCCCUCCCUUCGGGCCCUGCAGGAAGCUGGCCGUGCCCCCCAGACCGCUUACCCUGGUCCACGUGGCUAUCGGGGUGGGCACAGUGCUGGCCCUGCUGAGCUGCUCUGCUCUGGUCUGGCAUUUCUGCCUGCGAGAGCGCUGGGGCUGCCCCCGCCGCCGGGUGGCCUCCCGACCCGCAGCAGGGCUCUGAAGCAGCCUGGGGGCCUCUCAGGCCCAGGGGAGCCUAGGCUUUUAGGGAGCAGAGCUCGGCCUGGACUCCCUGGGAGGAGGCAGUUCCCACUGCUGCCCUGAGCAGCCUGGACAGCAGAGUCGGUGGUCAGGCACUCGGGCCCCAGCUGAGUCUCAGUGCUCAUCCUGAGAGCUUGUUCAGGUCCCAGACUUUCUGUCCUGCUCCAGGCCAAGGUUUGGAACAGAGCAGAAGGCAUUGGGAACUUUUUACUUAAAGGACCAGAUAGUAAAUGAUUUUGGCUUUGCAGGUCCAGAGGACAAAAGCAAAGGUAUUGCAUAGGUACUUCCUUAGCCAUGCGACAGUGUAAAAACAGAGAAACCAUUCUUAGCUCAUGGGUCUGAGGAAUCAGGCCCCGGCCACAUUAGAUCUGUUGGCUGUAGUUAGCCAGUCGCAACCCCUGUCAUACACCCUCAAAAGGGCUCUGGCGCAUUGGUGGCCUCAGUGGGAUUUUGAGAACAAGCUGCUGCAGGAUGGGAGUUUGGGGCAAGGCUAUUCCCGCUGUUGCCUUUUGUUUAGAUAUCAAAGAUGGGCACACCGGGGUCAGAAUUCACCUGUGUCUGAAGUGGGUGAAAAUGAAUGGCUGACACGGGAUGGAAAGAGGGACCUGCCUGAGCUGUUGUCUGGGACCCCCAAACCCAAGGGAUGUCCCCCACUUCCCCUCAAUUUGUGUUUACUGCACAUCCGCUGUACCAACAUUAAAGGAUAUGUUAAAGGAA